CACCUUGCUAUUGAUAUAUGAAUCGACCCACCCGCCGCUGGCAAGUGUCACUUUACAAAGCAGGAUAACUUCCUAAAUAGACUUGCACCCCACAAGCACGUAAAGCAUUUCUAAUAUUCGGUAUGGACUAAAAUGUGGGGACUUCACAGCGCCACUUUUACCAACAAUUGUACUUUUACAGUCGGGGGACUCAACAUAAGAAGGUUUUUGCUUGCUGGAUGGAAUCAGACCGUCUCCUGGUAGAUAGUGCCCAUGGAGCAGCUCCCGGAGGUUAUGGAUCCUGGUCGGACAAGGACCUUGAAGGGGAACCGGUGUGCUCGAUCGUUUGUGAUUCGAGCAUUGAACAAAGAGAUGAGGAGCUGUACAUCCAACAGGCUGCUAUUCUCCUUGAAGAUGCCAUACAGUAUCGCUCCAUAAACCACAAAGUUGAUGCCAGCUCACUGCGCCUGUAUCGAUGUUACUACUCCAGGAUGUUCCAGUGGGGCUUUGGCCUGACCAUUGCGGUGGUGCUGUUGCUGGCGUUUGUGGAGCGUCCGUCCUCUCUUUCGGUCACCUCUGACUCACGAUACCGCUCUCCAUCCUGGGAGCCUCCUUGCGGCUUCACUGAGAGCAUCGAGAUCGUCUGUCUUAUCAUCUUCACUCUUGAUCUUGCCGUGAAGAGCUACCUGAUUGGCUGGGAUGAAUUUAGGAAAAACAAAUGGCUGAUUAGCUAUACCGUUGUCAUUACCGUCUCCAUCAUCGAUUGGGUCUUGUCUCUCAGCAUGCUGUGUGAUGAGAAACUAAGAGUACGGCGACUCAUUAGACCGUUCUUCCUCUUGCAAAACUCCUCCCUGAUGAAAAAGACACUCAAGUGCAUCAAGAGAACUAUACCAGAGAUUGCCAGUGUGAUUUUGCUGCUGGCACUUCAUCUUUGUCUGUUCACUAUGAUUGGCAUGCUGUUGUUUCCCAAAACUGAGGAUCCACUGAAAAAUGAAGAGUGGAAGUUGUAUUUUCGAAACCUGUCCACUUCACUCACGUCUCUGCUGGUGCUGCUCACUACAGCAAACAAUCCAGAUGUGAUGAUCCCUGCCUACUCCCUCAACAGAGGGUACGCCAUUUUCUUUGUCACCUUCAGUGUCAUUGGAACUUACUGCCUGAUGAACUUACUCACAGCCAUCAUCUACAACCAGUUCAGGGGAUAUUUGCUGAUGUCAGUCCAAACAUCCAUCAUCAGAAGACAAUUGGGAAUCCGAGCUGCCUUCCAGGUCCUCAUUUGUCAUGAAGAUGAGAAUGCUGCUGAGGAUCGUGUUCCUGUUGAUGCGGUGCUGCAAGUGAUGUCCAGGGUCCACAUGCAGAACUACUACAGAGCGGCCAUCACUGCGGAGGCACGUCAGUAUGAAGCUGAAGGCUUCAUGGAUCGAGAGCAGUUCAGAAAGAUAUUUGACCAACUGGAUAAAGACCGCAUCAGAGAGCACCCGCCCUCACCGCAGUAUAACAAUGCAUCACUGCAGAAGAUGCAGGUGAUCUUCAGCCACUACUAUUUCACCAUACUUGGCAAUGCACUGGCCCUGGCCAACGUGGUGUGCAUAUGUACUGUGUUGGUGCUCAAUUCAGAAAAGUCCACUGCAGAGAGAGACAACCACUGUAUGGAGAUUAUCAACCUGUGUUUUAUCAUCUACUACCUGUUUGAAAUGGCUGUGAAAAUAUUCGCCUUUGGCUGGAAAGGGUACCUGUCCUACAGGAACAACAUCUUUGAUGGUUUCCUCACCAUCUCGCUACUGGUCCUGCAAAUCACUAUUUAUGCAACCUACCGCUUUCCUCAUUCACAUGUGAACCCAUCUACUAAGAGUAUGUUUUCAUUGUGGGAGAUGGUUCGUUUUGUUAACAUGCUGAUUGUCUUCCGCUUCCUACGCAUCAUUCCUGAUAUCAAGCUGAUGGCGUUAGUUGCAAGUACCUUGUUGGACUUGGUGAAAAACUUAAGAGCCUUUGCGGGGAUACUGGUGGUGGUUUAUUAUGUGUUUGCUGUAUUUGGCAUCUGGCUGUUUGAGGGAGUCAUUAAACCACCAGCACACAUGAGUGUACCUUCUAACACCAGCAUGGAAAACAUCACCUCCAACUUCAGCCAUGCUUGUGGUACCUAUGAACAACUUGGCUACUGGCCCAAUAACUUUGAUGACUUUGCUGCUUCCAUCAUUUUGCUGUAUAAUAUCAUGAUCAUCAACAACUGGCAGGCCUUCAUGGAUGCAUACAGCAGAUAUACCAGCGAGUGGUCCAAAAUCUACUUUGUGUGCUGGUGGCUCACCUCCUCUGUCAUGUGGGUCAACUUGUUUGUGGCACUCAUCCUAGAGAACUUCACAUAUAAGUGGGACCGCAGUCACAGCUGCUCUGUUACGGAUGUGGAACGAAUCAGAUAUGAGACCUCUGUUCAACUCAUAUUUAAAGAGCAGAUCAAGGAGCCAACGGAUGAAGAGUUGCUUUGUCAGCUAAAACAGCACCCCCACUUACAUCUACAAUGGGAGCACACGUGACAGACGAGUAUUAUACUUGAUUGGGUUGAAUUGCAGGAUUUUAAUGCAAGUUACAGUUUUUAGACAUUUUUCACAUUUCGUAUAUUUAUAUCAGGCUCUUGACAAACAUAUUAUGGUGCCAAAAAUGAUUAUUUUGUAUUAGUCACUAUUAUAUAAUGCUUUUUUAUCCAGUAGCUGCAGUUUUAAGAAUAUUAUUUGCCUUCAGCAUGUUCUACACUGUAUGAUUCUGGCAAUCCCAGACAGAAAGGUGUAAAAUCGUGGGGGGGAUCGGCCACUGCUGCUCAAUAACGGUGGUCGGACGUCUCACACGGAGACCACAAUCGAGAUUGAUUGCGAUGAGUGUGCCGGAUCACCUUGGUGAAUGGCGGUAUUCUGACAUGGCGAGAAGUUGCAGUUUGUACACAGCCAGUCUAUGUGAACUACCUCAUCAAGCCCUGGUCCACCAUUGUCUUGGUUUGCAAAAGGUCGACAUCCACAUAUUCGCUCAACCGCUUUGUCGACAUAAAAUACGAGACUCAAAGGUGUCAUUUUGUUGAAAAAAUUUGUCCCACUGUUGUAUUUGUGUUGUCUUUUUAGGUAUUUUUCUAUUGCAUUGCUGAAUGAAUGAAUCAGGUAUUAAGCAAGAGUUAUCAAAUUAAAGGGAGAUUUUAAUAGUUUUUAAGUUUGUUCAAUAAAACUCAAGUGAU